CUUGAUCCUGAAACAUGUGAAGAAAAGAUAAAGAAUGUUCGGAUGAAGUUGCAUUCACUCUUUCAAGAGUACGAGUGUUUCUCCUCAUCUGCUUUUGCAACUAAUCCAACGACAAUGAGAAAUGCUUCUAGUGGAGUAUAUGAAAAUGAAGUGGAUGAUGAAGAAGGUUUUUCAAAGAAGGAAGUGAAGUUUGACACAAUAUUUGACAAUGAAUAG